CCCAUCACCUGCCCCGAGUGGCGAUUGCGUCGUAAGGCGCUCUUGCUCUCCCGUUUUUAUCUUGUCUCUCUUCCUCUUUGCGCUCCAUUGUAGACGGACGGCUUGCGAUCGUCGGGGUCGCCACUGCGCCACACAUCGCUCGUCGUCGCUUUUCGCCCGUCGCCGCUCUUUGUGUUCCCCAUUCUCUCCCCCAUCCUGCUCUCUACUAUGCUCUAUGUACAUGCCACCUACUUGGGCGCCUCAACGCGCUCCUCCCCGUCGUCUUCUUGCACUUUCUCCCCUUUGUGGCGGUUUGGCGCCGCGUUCCCCGAUCGCUCAAGACCAUCGCCGAUGGACAUGAGGAUGGGUGUUAUGACUCUUAAGCUCGUCAACGCCACGCCACCCCGAACGUCAGCGGGCCAAGACCGAACGCGUCCUUUCCUAUUGUCACAACACAUCGACCUCAAGAUCAUCAAGCAUCAUCGUCAAGGCCCUCAAGCCCUCUCCAAGCUUUCCUCACGUCCUUCAUCGACGGGGGCACUUUCACACCUUGUGGGAAAGGCCCAAUGAUCUGCCGCGUUUGGCCUACCUUCUCUUCGAGACGCAGGUUUUCGACGUCAAUACUCAUCUUUGGAGAUCAAGAUGACCGGGAGCCACUCUCAGCAAGAACUACAGAAGCUCUCAGGGGUUCAAUGCGCGCAGUCAAG